UUCAAACCUUCAUUCAUUACGACGACGUUACUGUAUACCACUUUUUCAUUGCAUGAUGUAUACCAUUAUUUCAUUAUUCCUUCUCACCUUGUUUUCUUUCACAUUUCUUGUAUACGCAACGGCUGCCGCGCAACUUUCUCCGCAAGAGCUGGCUUCUCAGUAUUCCCUCACGACGAGCACAACAUUCCCAUUUCCAACUGCUACGCAAAGCAGCGAUGAGACGGACUCUUUCAUUGUUUCACAGUGGUCAUUGAGCAAAGGGCGCUUCCAGGAUGGUACCGAAAACGUCGCUUUCGUUGGCGAUCUAUUUACCACCAACUCUUCCAGCCCUGUUCUCGAGGUCACCUAUCCGGAAGGCAGUUUCUCGCAUAAUACCGGUGGCACCCAAUUCUACAAUCUUUGGAACACGUCCAAUGGCGAUGUAUUUCAGUCUCUGAUGUUGUCCUACGAUAUAGCCUUUGACAAGGACUUUGACUGGGUGAAAGGCGGCAAGUUACCUGGAUUGCGAGGUGGACCGAAUGCUACUGGCUGCAGCGGUGGUAAUCAGCCCACUGGCAGCGACUGUUUUAGCGUUAGACUGAUGUGGCGACAGGAUGGCGCAGCUGAAGUAUACGCGUAUAUUCCUACGCCGAAUAAUCUGUGUAGCGAGCGCAGUAUCACCUGCAAUGACGAUUUUGGCACCAGCAUAUCCCGCGGAGCCUUUAGUUUUGUUGCCGGAGAAUGGAAUCAAGUCACCCUUCUUGUGCAGCUCAAUGAGCCGACGGACGUGGCGAAUGGAAACCUCAAAUUAUAUUACAACAAUGUCGAAGUAAUAUCUCAAACGGAUCUCCAAUUUCGAAGCAAUUCGUCUGUUAAUGCUGGCGGGAUGUAUUUCUCGACGUUUUUUGGAGGUUCAGAUGACAGCUGGGCGACGCCGAAUACCACCCACACGUACUUUCGCAAUAUUACGAUGUGGGGAGGCCCAAACCCAUCCAAUCUGACAGGAUCUGAGGUUACCAGCGCAGCUGGCAGCCUGUGGAUAUCACAGCUGUGGACGACUUUACUUCCCGUACUUUUAACCGUCGGUUCUCUAUGCAUGUGAGGGAUGGACUCUGAAAAUGGAACAUGAUCUUUGUACGGACUCGUUUCUGGGUUCGAUCGAUUCUCAUUGGUUUGUGGAAACGCUGUAAAUAAGUAAACAUUGAUACUUGGAAGCACACAGGAUUGUACGGUAACAAUAAAAGAC